AUGGUGGCCUUCGCCAACGUAUUUGGAAAGUGCCUCUUUGGACUUGGGCUUGUGCUCAGCUUGCUGCCGGCCUGGGGGGUUACCCUGGUGGCGAGGGUCGUGAAAGCAGGACUUUCUGAACCGAGGCGGGCGAGUUUUCAGUUGAAGGUGAGUGGGUGGCUCAUCGCGUACUUGGUAUUGGCAUGGCGAUCGUUGUUUCGGAUUUGCCCAUGGAUCCAGUUGCAAACGUUUUACUUGGACGAGCACUUUCUCGGUGAAUCGGGCAGACCGACCGUUUUGGUGAUGAACCAUCUGUCCUUCUUGGAUUCGGUGCUUGCCGUGCCCAUGGCACCUCUCCAUCGAUGUGCAGACGUGCGAGUGCUUGUGGCGAACUAUGUGUUUGCCAUUCCAUUGCUUGGCGGUGUGAUGCGAGCGAUCGGACUUGCGGAGGUCCCCUUCAAAGCAAGCGCAGGUGAUUUUUCCAGCUUGGCAGUCGAAAAGGAUGCCAUGGAAGAGAAGCUGAAAGCUUUUGCUGAGCAUGUGCAGGGCGGUGGUGUUGGUGCAUGGUUUCCAGAAGGUAUGCGAAAUCGUGGUGAUCCACUCGUCCUCCAGGAGUUCCGUGCCGGUGCUUUUUCUGUUGCUGUGCAAACAGAUGUGGACAUCUGGUGCUUGGCCAUGCUGGGAACCAAUGUUUGCUGGCCAGUGGAGUCGCUCGUGGGUGGCAUUCCCGCCCGCAUCGGUAUCAGAAUGUGGAAGUUGGGCAGCAGCCACGCGCUGCUUGCUGCAGAGUCGCUCCCGGAUUGUGAUACCAGAACGAAGGCAAUACGACUCGCGGCGCUUGUCAAAGCAUCCAUACAGGAAGGACUGGAAGACCUUGCGGCUAAAGGUUUUUCGGACCAAAGAAACGCCAGGAACAAGGAGGACGACUUGGUCUCCAUCGCUUCCACACCCACUCUCGUAAGCUCUGAAAUUCUAGAGUUUCUCCACAAGGCAGGGUGGAAAGAUGGGCGUCAUGGGAGUCGGAAGUUUGCAGUGAGGUUCCGCUAUUCAAAAGGUUACAAGAAGAUUUGUGAUGUGGUUAUCGAACAAGGUGACGAGGGCCAUGAGCUCUUCGUCAUCAGGUCCGGCAUCUGCUCCGUGCAGGUGAACGGCCACGAAGUGGCACAGCUCAAGGAAGAGGUGAAGGCUGGCACCGACGUGAUCACUGAAGGUGAUCUGAAUGCCUCAUUCUUCUACAUGGUCAAGUCAGGAAAGUUCGACGUCAUCCAGCUGGCUGCCCAGCCUCUAGCAGAAAUGCAGUACCGGCGCAGGAGGCUGGCGCUAAUUUACACUGCGCCACGUGCUGCGACGGUCAAGGCCGUGGUCGAUUCCGAACUCUGGGUCAUUGAUAGGACCGAUUUCAAGGCUGUUCUGGCUGCUCGAGGCGACAAGUGUCAGGAGUAUGUCGCAUUGUUGGACAAGGUGGAUCUUCUCAAGGGUCUUUUGAAACCUGAAGAGAAAGAAGCUUUGGCGAAGUCCUUGACUGAGAUGUCCUUCUCCAAAGAUGAGAUGGUCUUCGAACAAGGCGAGAAGGGAGAUGCCUUCUACAUUCUGACCGAAGGGCAGGUCGCGGUCAUCAAAGACGGCGUAGAGCAGAUAAAGCUUACCGCUACCGUGCAAGAAGCCCGCUAUUUCGGGGAGCGGGCUUUGCUGACAAACGAGGGCCGAGCUGCCACGAUCAAGGUCACAUCGGACACGGCACAGUUCCUGCGUCUCGACAGAUUGUCUUUUGAGAUGUUGCUCGGCUCUCUAGAGGAACUGAAGAAGCUCGGGACAGAACGCAAAGCUGUGGUGAUGAAUCCCGCGAAGAUACAGCGGGGCAUGUCCAUGCGGCGUACUGCGUCCCAGAUGACAGUCGGAGGCGAGGCGGUCACGUGGGGCGUAAGGACAAAGUUGGAAUCCUUCCCAGCAUCAAUGCUCUGGCUUGCGGCCCCCGCAUGGCUUUCGUUGGCCAGCGCGGUCACCUAUGUCCACGAACAGGAUUACAUGAGCGGCUUCUUCGACCAGUGGGAUUUCGUGCCUGCCGAUGAUCCCACUCACGGCACUGUUGAUUAUAUUACGCGUGAGGACGCAGAGCGUUUGGAACUGGUGCGCAGUCAUACGAACGGCGUUUUCAUUGGCGUUGACAACGUGACUGUUGCCGAGGGCAGAGGGCGCAAAUCCAUUCGGCUCGAGUCCACCAAGCGGUACAACGAUGGGCUGUUCAUCAUUACCCUGGACCACGCUCCAACAGGCUGUGGCUCCUGGCCGGCAUUUUGGAUGUUUGGAGAAGACCCCGACCAUAUUUGGCCAGAAUGGGGGGAGUUUGACAUCAUUGAGUGGAUUCACGACGAGGAGAAUGUUUCUACAACUUUACACACGAAGGCUGGCUGUACCCAGUCGCAUCUCAAAGAGGGAGAGGACAUGAAAGGCUGGUGGAAUCCUGGUAUCUAUGGGAAAGGAAAGGCGUCCAACUGUGAUGUGCACGCACAAGGACAGUGGCAAAACCAGGGCUGUUCACAACGCGGCUUGGCGGGCACCGUGGGCACCAGUUUCAAUGCGGGCGGUGGUGGCACGUACGCGGCCGAAUGGGACCCUUUGGGCGGACACAUGCGAGUCUGGUUUUGGCCUGCUGGCUCUGAACCCGAAGAUGCAAAAGGCCCGACACCGGACCCGGAACUUUGGGGCCAGCCGGAUCAUUACUUCGAGCUUAGCGAUGUAUGUACGAAAAGCCAUUUCAAGAAUAUGAAGCUGGUCUUUGACAUCACCUUUUGUGGCGAUCUGGGCUCUCCCACCUUUCAUGAACACUGUGGCGCCAAAGCGGGCCACAGCAAUUGUGAUUCCUUCGUCCGGCAGGAACCUGGGGCCUUUCACCAGACAUACUGGUGGGUCUCGGCCCUUGACGUUUACCGCCGCGAGGAGAGCUUAGCCUUCACGGAUCUUGACUCGGUUGAGACCUCCGCUGGAUGCAGGCCGGAGCACGUGACCGGCCUGGAAUCUCGGAUUCAGGAGCUCGAGGGCAUCCUCGCCCAGAGAGAUGGCGAACUACGCGAUCUCUGGGCGCAGCUGAAGCAGGAAGGCCGCGGCCGGCCCCCGAGCCUCCAAGCGGAUCUGCUUCCACCUGGUCGGUAUCUGGAACCAUUGAUCACUGAUCUCGCCUCGAUGUCUACAGUCACCAUGGUCAGGAUCGAGUUCCACAGGCUCGUCGAGCAUGACCUCACGGGCGAGACCUAUGCUCUCAAGGCGAUUAGCAAGGGCUACAUUGUCAAGAGUGGGAUGAAGAACAGCGUGUUGCAGGCCCAGGGCCAUGUGCGAUUCCCAUUCCGAGCCCUGGAGCUCCUCAUUCGCAAAUACGAUGUCGACGAGGUGGUCCAGGAGAUGCUCAAGCAAGUGCUUAUCGCAAAGCCUGAGAACCCGCGAAGGUUUCUGCUACAAUACUUAGAAAAGGACAUUGAGUCUGACGGCGGCGACCUCUCGGAUGCGGACCUGCAGAAGCUGUUCCUGGUCUCCCGAAGGAUAACUGGCAAAAUCAUCCCGCAAGAGACCAUCAACAUCACCAUCUCCGAGACGCUGGAGCUGUUGAGCUGCGAUGCAGUCUCCCUUUACGUGUUGGACAGGAAGAUGCAGAUGCUUCGGUUAUACGAGUCAAACUCUGAAGCUCCAGUCAUGGUGAAGCUCGGUCAAGGCAUUGCGGGCACUGUCUUCCUUACGCAGGAACCAGUCAACAUCCCAAACUGCUACCAGGACAGCCGCUUUGACCAGUCGUUCGACAAAGAAACCGGCUACCACACCAGAAGCAUGAUCGUGGUUCCCAUCGUGGACUUCGAGGGCCAGUGCACCGGAGUCAUCCAGGCUAUCAACAAGAUGCCUAGCGGCUUUGAUGCCGAGAUCCGGCCAAGAGGAAAGCUCGCCGUUCCUUUCUCCAGACAGGACGAGCGAAUGCUCCUGUACUUAGCCGAGCAUAUAGCAAUCGCCCUCCAGAACGCGGAAGUGUACCGCGAGGCCAUCAACUGCAGCGAUCGUGCCACGGGCUUGCUCAACACCAUCCAGAGCAUGUCACAGGACCUAGGCCCUCAGUCGCUGCUCCUGAUGGUCACGAUGCAUGCGAGCAAAGUGUGCAGUGCGCAGAGGUGCAGCGUCUUCCUCCUUGACGAGGCAGCGCAGCAGCUCUGGUCCGUCUCCACGGACACCGGCGCAGAGAUCCGCAUACCCAAAGACAAGGGUAUUGCUGGAGAAUGCUGCUGCCAAGGAAAGGUAAUCAAUAUCCCUGAUGCAUACUCAGAUCCGCGAUUCAACAAGCAAGUGGACAUCCAGACAGGCUACCGGACCAGGAGUAUCCUGGCCGUCCCGAUCAUUGCAAGGGGUGAGUCUCACACUUCUGACGUCGUCGGCGUCAUUCAGAUGAUCAACAAGGUCGCUUAUGAUGGGCAGCUGGAGUACUUCGACGAUGAAGACGUGGAGAUCAUGGAGCUUUUUGCGUCCUUUGUGGGUCCCAAGACUUCCUCGAUGCUUUCGGGCACAGACAAGAAGGAAGUCUUAGAAGGGCGCUUAGCUCUCGGUUUAGAGAUUCCAACCUCACCUGGAUCACAGCGGGGCAGAAAGAGCUCGAAGAAGUCUGGCCUGGAGGCCCUCGCGGAAAGCUGA